UUGCAUUCCAGAAAGCAGAACCUGCAAAGUGCCUUUUGUAAAGUUUCUUAAGGGACCCCUCACGGCCAAAAUGAAUCCCAGGGAGGAAAAAGUAAAAAUAAUUACAGAGGAGUUCACUGAAAAUGACGAGGAGGCAGAUGCAGGAAGGCAGAAGAAGAAAUCUAAGGGUCAAAGACAGCAAAGAAAAAAGCAGCUGCUGACUGCUGGUCCUGAGGAAAUGGUGUCUGAAAAAUCCCACGUUGGCCACCAGCAAGACCCCAGGCAGGAGGAGUCCGAGAGCCACCUUCUGAGUAUGACGGCCAGGCGGGGCCCACGGAGCUUACCUCCAAUUCCUUCAGGUUCCAGAACAGGUUUUGCAGAAUUUUCCAUGAGGGAACGCAUGAGGGAGAAAUUACAAGCUGCAAGGUCUAAAGCAGAAAGUGCAUUGCUGCAGGAAAUUCCCGCUCCUCGACCCAGGCGCUUAAGAAGUCCCAAGGAGAAAGAACUGGAGACUGAAUUUGGCGCAGAG